AUGUCAUCAAGGAUAAUCGUCGGCAGUGCAGCAUUGGCAGCUGCCAUCACAGCUAGCAUCAUGGUCAGGGAACAGAAAGCCAAGGGCCAGAGAAGAGAGGGCAACGUUUCCGUUUGCUACAACAACCAGGAGUAUGGCACCUCAGCACCUCCACAGUGGGGAAAGCUGCAUAAUAUAAAGCAAGGUAUAAAGGAAGAUGCCUUGUCGUUAAAAGACGCGCUGCUGGGUGCAUCUCAGAAGGCUAGGGAAGAAGCGCCAGAAGUAGCCAAGCGUGUGAUAUCGCCAGAAGAGGAUGCCCAGACACGCAAGCAACUUGGUCAAAAAGCCAAGGACUCCUCCUCGCAAAGCAUCUUCAAUUGGGGGUUCAGCGAGGCGGAGAGAAGGAAAGCUAUAGCCAUCGGAGAGUUUGAUACUGCCAAGAAGCGCUUCGAAGAGGCAGUAGAUCGUAACGAGAAGGAGCUCUUGUCCACUGUGAUGAGAGAAAAGAAGGCCGCUCUGGACAGGGCAUCUAUUGAGUACGAAAGGUACGGGAAAGCCAGGGACUUCAACGAGCUUUCGGACAAGCUAGACCAACAGGAAAGGAACAGUAAUCCUUUGAAGCGUCUAUUGAAGAGUAACACGGGCGACGCUAACACCGAAGAAGCCGCUGCAAGAAGUGUACAAGGCUGGGGUGAGACGGCCCAGGAGUUUGGUAGAGAGGAGUUGGAGGAGGCCAAGAGAAAUGCCUCUUCAGAGCCUAGCGAGGCACAAAGGCGUCUUGACGAGCUGAAGAAGAUCAAGGAGAAGGGCUGGUUUGGUUACAACAAAGGGGAACAAAGCGAGCAACAGAUUGCUGAAAGAGUAGCCAGAGGUUUAGAAGGAUGGGGCGAAACGGCUGCUCAAUUAUCCAAGGAUGAAAUGGACGACUUGAGAUGGAAUUAUGAAAAUUCGAAGAAACAACUGGACAAGAACGUAUCUGAUGCAAUGGACUCGUUAUCUAAGGCCAAGGAGGACUUGAAACAGUACGGUAGCCAUUGGUGGUCUGGAUGGACAUCCAAGGUCGACAAUGACAAGCAGGCUUUAAAAGAUGAGGCCCAAAAGAAGUACGAUGAAGCAUUGAAAAAGUACGAUGAUGCCAAGAACAAAUUCAAAGAGUGGAAUGAUAAGGGUGAUGGUAAAUUCUGGAGCUCGAAAAAGGACUAG